AUUGCAAUCUCAAUCAAUGGAAACAAAUAUUAAGGCAUAAUAUAAAUUAAAUAAUCAUAAUUAUGACUGGCUUCUGGGGCAAUGUACUGUUUAGGUUCGGAAUAUUAUCUUGUCAUUAUGCAAUGUUGAGUUCUUAUUUAAUCUGUUUUCUGGAUCAGAUCUACUACCCAAUCGUGCUUACUGUGAUAAAUGGAACUGGUCUACCAGGUGUACAUGCCCAGUCAUGUCACGAAAGACCUGAGGAUGCGUUAACAAGAUUCUUUCGACUCCGAUGUGGAAGAAGUCUUCUUAGCAAUGACUCGAUGAUCGCGUCUGAGCGCGAUCUGGCACCAUGGAUUCCAAAAGGGUGGGGAAUAAGAAUCAGAAGACAGCACGAUGUUUGCAGCGUUCUCGCACCAACGCCACCUUUAGAUGACAGAGACUUCCAUGGUUCUAUUGCUCAGAGCGGUAACUUUACAGGUGAUAUCCAUCUCCGGACUACGCGAUGUAAUAUUGGAAAGUUCCCUUUUGACCAAUUGCCGCCUGUCCCAGCCGAUAAAUACAUGAAUUUGCGAAUUCGGUUUUCUACUCUGUCAGUAGGCAUGACCGUUAUCGCGCUGGCAGAACGAUCUACAUUACAUACGGCUUACAGUACAAGUGAACCAAUCUACAGCAUAUGUAUAGGAAGACGUUCUCAUCAUUCCAUUUAUCGGUGUAAGGCUGGAUGUGUGGUACGUUGGCAACGCAAUCCCUUUUAUGGACUGAGUAUUAACAGAACGAUGUCAAUCCUCGUCACGUACGAGCAGGGAGUCAUCAAGGUGUUCGACGAUAACGACCGAACCCCGUUUAUGACAUACACCGAUCCUCACCCGCUCACUAUUCGUCAUGUUGCAAUUUGUAAAUACACUACAGAGGGAAGAUUUGUUCUUCACAUCUGUGAUUCUUAUUAACUCACAUACAGUGAAUCCGAUCGCAAAGACUUUCGAAGAAUAUCAACCUAAUACCCCCGUCAAAUACACGGAUUUUUCGUACGAGUCCUUACGGAUCGCACAAAUUCACGGAUCUUUCACGGAUCCUUACGAUUUGGCCACUUUUUCGACCGAUUUAAGAGUUAUUAUGAGUUAAUACGAGCUAUUAACGAUUUCUUACGGAUUAUUACGAUUUUUGUUUUCUUUCCAAUUCUCGUUUUAUUAAUUCUUUCAUCCUAAUUUCAGAUUCUCACAACAUAUAUCACAAAAAAGUUCAUAAAAAC